AACAACUAGCAGAGGUGCAAAAGUAGCAGCCUGCGUUGGGCGCCUGGAUAAAGGGGCCGCUGGCCAGGAGCUCGGCGCGCUCAGGACGCCAGAGCUCAUCUUCCCAGCUCCUUCUGCUCCGGCGCAGCGGCUCAGCAGAAGGGCUUCCACCCAGGCUCUCAGCCCGGCUGGAACUAAGUGACCGGGAACAAUCAGGAAGCGAAAGAGUACUCUGUGCUCAGUCCCAAAAAGUGAGCCCGCUCCGAGAUUUGCAAAAGCAAAAGCCUUCGCAGCAGCGGCGGCGGCAGCGACAGAAAGCACAAAGGUGAACUUGUUAAGGAAGCCUCCUCUUCGGUUCUCCCGGCGGGGACUCAGCGAUGGCAUCCGUCCUGGGGAGCGGCAGGGGGUCCGGAGGGCUCAGCAGCCAACUCAAAUGCAAGUCCAAGAGGCGGAGGCGGCGGCGGUCCAAGAGGAAAGACAAAAUGAGCAUGUUGUCAACCUUCCUCGCUCCCUUCAAGUACCUAAGUCCUGGCACCACAAAUACGGAGGAUGAAGACAAUCUAAGUACCAGCAGUGCAGAAGUGAAGGAAAAUCGCAAUGUGAGCAACCUGGGGACAAGGCCCCCACCUCCUGGGGACCGGGCGAGAGGCAGCACAACCAGCAUUAAAAGGAAAAGGCCCCUGGAGGAAGGGAACGGGGCCCACUUCUGCAAACUGCAACUCAUCUGGAAGAAGCUCUCCUGGUCGGUAACGCCCAAGAACGCUCUGGUGCAGCUGCACGAGCUAAAGCCCGGCCUGCAGUACCGGAUGGUGUCUCAGACCGGACCCGUGCAUGCCCCGGUUUUCGCUGUGGCGGUGGAGGUAAACGGGCUCACGUUCGAGGGCACUGGGCCCACCAAGAAGAAAGCCAAGAUGCGGGCCGCAGAGCUGGCGCUCAAGUCCUUCGUGCAGUUCCCCAACGCAUGCCAGGCGCACCUGGCCAUGGGCAGUGGCGUCAGCCCCUGCACAGACUUUACCUCCGACCAGGCAGACUUCCCCGACACACUGUUCAAGGAGUUCGAGCCGCCCGCACCCAGCGAGGGCUUCCCAGGUUGCCACCCCGUGGACUCUGAGCUGCUCUCCACUGCCUACCGGCGUGGGCGGCUGCUCUACCGCACACUGGACCUCAUGGGCCAGACUCGGCCAGACAGGCCCAGGCCGGUGCCCAUGGUCCCAGGUGAGAGGAACCCGGUGGUGGUGUUGAAUGAGCUGCGCUCUGGCCUGCGCUACGUGUGCCUAGCGGAGCCGGCUGAGAAACCACGUGCCAGGAGCUUUGUCAUGGCCGUGUGUGUGGACGGGAGGACGUUUGAAGGCUCCGGACGCAGCAAGAAGGUGGCCAAGGGCCAGGCAGCCCAGGCGGCCCUCCAGGCCCUGUUCGACAUCCGGCUACCCGGCCACACCCCCAGCAGGAGUAAAAGUUUCCUCUUGCCACAGGAGUUUGCCGAUUCCGUAUCCCAGCUGGUCACCCAGAAGUUCCGCGAGCUGACCAUGGGCCUAACGUCCGUGCACGCCCGCCACAAGGCACUGGCAGGAAUCGUCAUGACCAAAGGUUUGGACACCAGACAGGCGCAGGUCAUCGUCCUGUCCUCGGGGACCAAGUGCAUCAGCGGCGAACACAUCAAUGACCAGGGGCUGGUGGUCAAUGACUGCCACGCCGAGAUCGUGGCCAGGAGGGCAUUUCUUCAUUUCCUCUAUGCGCAGUUGGAGCUGCAUCUGAGCAAGCGACGAGAAGACUCUGAUCGAUCGAUAUUCAUGCGAUUAAAGGAGGGAGGUUACCGGCUACGAGAAAACAUCCUCUUCCAUCUCUACGUGAGCACAUCCCCCUGCGGAGACGCGAGACUCAACUCUCCCUACGAAAUCACCACAGACCUGAACAGCACCAAGCACAUCGUCAGGAAGUUCCGUGGGCACCUACGCACCAAGAUUGAGUCUGGGGAAGGGACGGUCCCUGUCCGGGGUCCCAGUGCGGUGCAGACCUGGGAUGGCGUCUUACUGGGGGAGCAGCUGAUCACCAUGUCCUGCACAGACAAGAUUGCCAGGUGGAAUGUUUUGGGACUGCAAGGGGCUCUCCUCUGUCACUUCAUCGAGCCUGUGUACCUGCACAGCAUCAUUGUGGGAAGCCUGCACCACACAGGCCACCUCUCCCGGGUCAUGAGCCACAGAAUGGAGGACAUCGGCCAGCUGCCAGCCUCGUACCGGCACAACCGACCUCUCCUCAGCGGAGUGAGUAAUGCAGAGAUGAGGCAGCCGGGCAAGUCCCCACACUUCAGUGUGAACUGGGCUGUGGGCAAUGCGGACCUGGAGAUCAUUGAUGCCACUACUGGGAAGAGGAUCUGCGGGGGCUCAUCCAGGCUUUGCAAGCGCGUGUUUUCUGCCCGGUGGGCACGGCUGCAUGGUAGGCUGAGCACACGAAUACCACACCAUGGAGACACACCGACCAUGUACUGUGAGGCCAAGCUGGGGGCCCAGACCUACCAGGCUGUCAAACAGCAGCUGUUCAAGGCUUUCCAGAAAGCUGGUUUGGGCAUGUGGGUGAGGAAACCCCCAGAACAGGACCAGUUCCUACUAACUCUCUAAGCCACAAGACUCCAUUACUGUUCGACCAUGUGAAAUACCUGGAGAGGGCAAAGUUUUGUCUGUGGAGCGACGUGGUGUGGCAACCUGUUCUCUGCAUUUGUUUUCCUUUGAUGUUCCGGAAACACACAAAUGUUCAUUGUUUUAAUGAGCAACUAAACUCAAAUUUGGAACAUGCUGCUGCUUCCCAGGUUGCUAGGCCCAAGACCCCUGUCCAUCAUCCCAGAGGUACAAGUGCCAUCGCGUCUGUUCCAUCUCUUCAUGGUGGGCUCAAAGGAAAUGUUUUCAUUCAGGCAAGGGGGGCUCAGCAGCAGCCUUGAAAAGUGGUACUGAACCACUACUGGUAAAAAACAAGCCUCAGGAAUGGCCCCUGCAUUUCCCUCCCUGCCAUGCACCUCUCUAGUGAUGUGCUUGGGUUUCUCUAGCACAAGUCUAUGUGAAAAUUCAAGAUAAGCCACUAGUGAAGAGAAAAGCCAUAGGCUGCCCCCCUCAAAAGAAACCAGUAAGAAUGCUCUCUUUUUUCCAUUAUUAAUUUAGGCUUCUUAUUCCGUUUCCUUUGAAAAAGGAUUUGAGAUGCACAAUAGUAAAGAACACCUCAAACAGGACCAGAGAAAUGAAAAACAAUUCUUAUAGAACAAAAGAACAGUUAGCCAAAGCAGGAAUCAUUUAAGAUCUCUGCUGUAAGGAAAUCACCUCUGAACAUCCUACUAGUUGAGUGUUGCGAGCUGACCCAUGCCUGUUCAGUCAAUCCUAACUCCUGGUUUCUUUUGGCAGAUAAUGAUACCCAUUGAAGUUUGAGUUGCAUGGAGUUAGCUAUUACCCUUCAACCUCCCUACCAAGUAAUAAGGAGAAUAAGUCUUAGACUUAAUUCUGAACUGUUCAACUAAAUUUUCAUGAGAAACCACACACAUAUACACAUACACAAACACACACACAUGUCGAACUACUUUAGGCCUACAGAUGUCGAACUUUACUUUAGGUCUACAGAACUGGCAACUCUACUUCUUUUAGGUUCUCCAGCCAUGACCUUGCUUGACAAAAGAAAGUAAAUUUAAAAUAUAAAAUAAAAUAAAAUAAAAGCAACACUGAAAGUAGCUGCCAAAUGCAAGAGGCAGGAAUCUAUCACUUUUGGAGCAAGUAUUGGGCAGCUAGAAUCCUCUGGUUCACAGGUAUUCAUAGGAUCAUUUGGGAUUUGACUUGUGGCACCCUUCCUGAGAGUAGAGAUGCGAGGUUUGGGCAAGGCCUAAGCACUUCUCUAACAUAUCUGUAGUCAGUCCAUAUGCCUUGAAUUGUUUUAAUUUUACCACUGAGGCUUCAUUGCUAAUGUUCAUCAUUCUAGUAAACAAGUCUCUAAAAAAAAAAAUCUAUAUCUAAAAUGCUCUAUUGGUAAAUAGCAAAGCUUAGCAGUAGCCACCUCCAAAGCAUAAGUUUCCUGAUGGGAAUUCCGGUUGACCAGCACUCAAAAAACACAAACAUAACAUCUUGUACAUAUUUAAUUAUAAGUUACAGACAUCAUAACAGUAGGGCAAAAGAAGCUAUUGAGCUUUAGCUAUUUGUUACAAGGUAAUUAAGAUGUAGAGAUAUUAGUAUGGAAGUAGACACUUGUCCUGGGAUUUAACAUAAGGUUAAAUGUAUCUCACUCACAUUCUGCUAGAAAAAAAAAAAAAUGGGCACACAGUAGACAACUGCUUUGAGAUAAAGUUUCAAGGGAUAUGAAAGUGUUUUUUCCAAAUAGGUGACAUUAAUUUUCACAAAAAUUGAGGAAAUAAAAAUUAAAUCUAGUUCAGUCAAAAGCUAAGAUUAAAUGGUAAGUUUAUAUUGAGU